AUGGCAACCUUGGCCGCUUCCGCGACAGCCCUUCUGGCCAUCCUCCACAUGUACAUCAUGGUGCUCGAAAUGUUCCUCUGGACGACGCCUCGCGGCCGCCGAGCGUUCCGGCUCAGCCCCGAAUUCGCUCAUCAAACCAAGGCGCUGGCCGCCAACCAGGGCCUGUACAAUGGGCUCCUCGCCGCCGGUCUCGCGUGGGGGCUGCUUCACCCCGUGCCCGAGUUCGCCGUGCAGAUCCGGCUCUUCUUCAGCGUUGCCGUCGUCGUCGCCGGCAUGUACGGGGGCGCGACGGCGUCGAGAAAGAUAUGGCUGGUCCAGAUGCUCCCUGGCCUUGUGUCGUCCGUCUUGGUGUACGCGAACCUCUGA